AUGGAGCAAGUUUGCGCACGCUGUGCCAGACUUGGCCUGAGGCCGAGAUCUGCUGUUCCAUCGAUUCCACUAGCAGCCAGUGCCAGAGGAUUCUCCAGCUCAACAGUCUUGAAGGAUGAAGGCGAUCAAAAGCCAUCCCGUCCCCCGACCGGCGGCAGACCUCUACCCGGCUCCUCCCUACGCGGUGCGCUCGACAGAAACACAAACAUCGCCAGUGGUUCGACUGCCCGACCACAAGCAACCCGACCAGCCGGACCAAUCCUACGACGAACAACCACACCACGAAUACAAACUCCUGGCUCACCUGGAGCCGCUGCUCGAGCCGGGACAGCUCCCGGAGGAGCAGGAGGAGGAGCAGCUCGUGCACCACCACCGGGCCGUCUCUUGCAACGCACAGGAGCUCCUCGUCAAGGCCAACAAGAGCCUCUAGUUCGACGAACCGCCGGUGGGCGAGGUGGUGGACCACAACAACCACAGCAGGCACAGUUUGGUGCCAGACAACAACAGGGUCAACGACAAGACCAGUCCAGAGGAAGCCCUGGUGCACCAUCCGGCAAACGCACCGACCGCCGCGUGCGGCGCCUGGUGGAAAAGACCAAAACCUCGCUCGCCGAAGAGGAAGACGCGGCCGCCUUCGCCGCCGAAGACCUCCCCAGCCGCGUCGAGAACUACAUCAACACCAUCGUUGACCCGCCGGCGAACCCGACUACCGAACUCCCCCAUGUGCCUGGGCAGGAACUCUCCGCGGCCGAACUGCGCAAGGACUGGCCCAACACCCCCCUCUCCGGUUCCGGGCUGGUGGAAAGCGUGCAGCAGAGGAUCGAAUGGCUCGCGCACCGCAUCCCGCACGGCUACCAGACACCCGGCCAGUUGGCGGAGUGGUACACCAAGGGGUAUUUCACGCGCUUCGAGUCCGAGGCGGAGAAGGAGGAGGUCCUGAAGCUGGCGCAGGAGAUGGCCAAGAUGGAGGCAGACAAGGAGACGGAGAAGACCAACGUCGAGGCCAAGCCGAAGGACGUGGCGUUCGACGACGUGGUGUCCCGCGCGGGCGAGCGUAAGGGCCUCGCGGACACCUAUGUGCGCGGGGUGUAUCCCGCCGUCAAGAAACAGAAGAUGCCGUUCUUGGACCAGAUCGUGCGCAACCUGAACAACAACGCCACGUUCCCUCAUGGGAAGACCGAGCAGUUUAUGCAGACGGUGCAGAAGGUCAUCGUCUCACGUGCCCAAGAAGGCGGGCAGGCACAGAAGAGGGCUGAAAAGUAA